CGGCCUCAUCAGGAUCGGUUCGGAAGACGAAGAGGAGGAAAAUGGGGUUUGUGCUGAGGGUCAGAUUAGCGUCCUUUUUCGCCGGCGCCGCAACGGCGUCAUUUUUGGGUCUCUAUAUUCUUCACAAGGACUACAAGGUUGCCCACGAAUCAAUCUCUCGACAGAUGAAAGGCCUUAAUGAUUCCCUGGAUGCACGAAUUUCUGCCCUGGAGAAAUUUAAAGAGGUUGAGGCCUCGCAGUCUGUGGAAGCAACAGAGUAGAUACCUUGACGCGGCUUUCAAAUUAUGUCUACUUAGCAUGCCAGUAGGUUCUUUAGGCCUUUUUUCCCCGUAUUCUAAAGAAUAAUCACAACCCUACUGGUCUGUAUGCUAUAUACUCUCAAUGUCAUAAUUUGUUUGACAGUUUUAUAUUGGGCAAAAAUUGCUUUUUUUGUUA